CCAUAAUUAUUCAUGCUAGUGGGAAAUAAAUUCUACAUUUGGUAUCCCUGCGAAAAGGCAUGCUGUCUCAAAACGGCAAUAAAAUGAAAUAAAGCUGAGCUGCAAAAAAAUUUUAUUUAACCGUACAGCGUUUAGACUAAACUACAAAGCAAGUUUUAUAUUGAUGUUGACUUUUGACUCUGAGAAAUACAUUUCUGGUACAAUUGUUCUAGUGGUUCAUUCAACAAGCAUUUGGUAUUACGAUACGACUCAUGUCGCAGCAGAAAAUAAUUUGCAUAUAUAAGCUCUGUAACUAUUUAACUGGAUACUUCUUUUUCUACAUUAAAAACAUAAUUCAAGAUUAGUGUGUCUGAAAAUAUAUAUUAAUAACUCUUAGGUAUUUAUUUGCAACAUCACAUGUACAAAGCGGUUAAAGCUAAAGUAAAAAACAUUGAAAAUUACGAUAUACUGCAAUUAAUUGCCGAACCUAACCUCAAACUCGAUCUUUUAAGACUGAAAGGAAAUGUCAGUUUAGCCAGUAUAAACCAGCUAUAUUACGGAUCCUUUAAAUCUUCUUAAUCUUUUAUAUUACUUACAUUGUUGCUGCGUGUUAAAAGAGGGAUGCCACGCAGCAAGCGUAGAGCGCCCUCUAGCACAAAUCAUCAUACGCCUAUUGAAAUGUCACCUAGUGCUCAUGAAGAGGGUAUAUCGAGGCAUCCUUCAAAAAGACUUAGACAUACAUCUAGUGCAAGACGUUAUUCAAAAACAGAAGAUGUUCCAACUGCUUCAUCUUUUUCCCAAAAACGUUGUAUCACAUGGUUUAGAGAAUAUACAACACCUGAUGAUUCAGAUACUCUUGGGCCUGAAGGGAUGGAAAAGUUUUGUGAGGAUAUUGGUGUAGAACCUGAAAAUGUAGUAAUGCUUGUUCUUGCAUAUAAAAUGAAUGCCCGACAAAUGGGUUUCUUUACACUAAGCGAAUGGUUAAAAGGUCUUUCGGACUUACAGUGUGAUUCUAUUAGUAAAAUACAACAGAAACUUGAGUACCUAAGGAAUCAAUUAAAUGAUCCACAUACAUUUAAGGGAAUAUACAGAUAUGCUUAUGAUUUUGCUAGAGACAAAGAUCAAAGAAGUAUGGAUAUGGAAACAGCAAGAGUUAUGUUACAAUUACUUUUGGGAAAACAUUGGCCAUUGUUUACACAAUUUGCUCAGUUCCUAGAUCAAUCGAAGUACAAAGUGAUCAAUAAAGAUCAGUGGUGCAACAUUUUAGAAUUUUCUCGUACAAUCAAUCAUGAUUUAGCUAAUUAUGAUUUAGAUGGAGCAUGGCCAGUAAUGCUUGAUGAAUUUGUUGAAUGGUUAAAAAUACAACGUGGUGAAGAAGCAUCUUCAACAGAAGCUAGGGGCAGCUGAAACAUUCAAUAAUAAUAGUCUACUAAAAUAAAAAGAACUCAUCUUUUCUAUCACCAUAUUUUGUUAAUAACGAAAUUUCUGUUUCUAUCAUAACCUCGCAACAUUUCAAUUAUCAUCAUUCGUACUACCUUUUUUAUUAAUCAAUGAUAAUGUAAGUAGUCUAUCUUAAUAUGAUUUUACAUGGUUCUAAGUGGACUCUGGUUACAAAUUUUCUAGAUUAUUCUUAAUUACUUAUCACCAUUCAUUGCUAGUCCAAGGUUCGUCGCGGAAAUUCUUGUGAUUAAAAAUAAAUAUAUUUUCAUAUAAGAUUUACUUGUGCAAUUUAUAAAAUAUAAUUUCUAUUAUAAAAUGGAAAAAGUAGAACACAGUGUAUAUUACCUAUAUAACUAAGCUUUGUAUAAAAGAGAUAAAUUUUCUAUUGCAGUUUUCAAUCUUAUUUUCAUAAAUUAAUAAAAUUGUAAUAGCUUUAUAUUUUAGAUAUUAAUAAGUAUAACGAAUUUUUAUUUUGAUUUACUAUAAGUUAUACAGUAUAAAAUUACAAGCGAAGUUAUUCAUAAAUAUAUAUCCAAAAUUCUUUUUACAGUGUUUAAGUAUGUUUCAUAUAAAAAUGUUUACAAAAUUUAGACAUAUGUGUAUAACUAUUAUCACGAAAUAUUUAAUAGUCACAAAUGUUAUUAAGUAGGUUCAUAAAUAAAAUAACAUGUAUAGUAUGUAAGUGCUAUUACAAUGUUUAAUAUCUAAAAUACAAUAGAACACAUUGGUACAUAUUACUUAGCUCACAUAAAAUAAUUCCUAUACAUGCCAUAAAUAUCGAUGUACAUUAGAAUAUCGAAUUUCUUAUUAAAUCAAUAUAACACUUAUGAAAUAUUGGAAUUAAAUUUAUUUCGAAAUAUUCGGUAAGAUAAUACACUAUUAUGUUUUUAUUCAAUGCAAGAAAUUUAAACAGGAUUGAGUAUAUCUUUCUAAUAAAAAUCAAGUAUAUGUAUAUUUUUAAUCGGUUUUCUAUAAUUACCAGAGGUACAGUACGAUCUUUUUUAAAUAUGUUUCUUGUCAUAAAAAUUUUUGCGACAACUAAAAUGGAUUAAAUGUAUGGUGAUUGUUCAAAUAAUUUGUAUUAUAUUUUAGCUCAAUCAAUUGCCAAUUUUUAUUAGAUUUAAUCGCGAGUAGUUGGACAUACAUCGUGAUUCUGAAUUUUAUUUAAUAAACAAAUUUGUCUAGUAAUAAUAACAUAGGAAAUUAUUGCGGUAAUAUUAUAAAUUAGUUCAAUUAUUACAUCAAAGUUGCUUAAUUAUGUGUAUGUGUAUAUUUUUUCCUGCAUGAGCACUUCUAUUACAACUAAUGUUAUCAUUAAUGAUAUAAUAUAAAAUUAAAUUUAAAAUUCCGCUCAUAACUUCCAAAUUAAUAGUAAUCUUAAUUCACAAAUGAAAAAGUAUCUAAUGGAAAAUUAUAAACCCAUACAUCAUAAUGAAGAAAUUAGAAACAAGAAUUAAAAAUCAUCGUAUAUCGCUGCAAUACAAUUGCGAUGUGGAGAAUGUAAUGUAAUGACGAAGGUAAAAUAAAUAAAAUACUUUUUUCAAUAAA